CAACAAAGAACACACAAAAAAAAAACUCCCCUUUGCUUAUACAAUGGCUCGUACCAAGCAAACAGCAAGAAAAUCCACCGGAGGAAAGGCACCAAGGAAGCAGCUGGCGACGAAAGCCGCGAGAAAAUCGGCUCCGGCGACGGGAGGAGUGAAGAAGCCGCACAGGUUCCGUCCCGGGACGGUGGCGCUGAGGGAGAUCAGGAAGUACCAGAAGAGCACGGAGCUCCUGAUCCGCAAGCUCCCCUUCCAGCGUCUGGUCCGCGAGAUCGCGCAGGACUUCAAGACGGAUCUUCGUUUCCAGAGCAGCGCCGUCGCGGCUCUCCAGGAGGCGGCGGAGGCUUACCUCGUGGGGCUGUUCGAGGACACGAACCUUUGCGCGAUUCACGCCAAGAGGGUUACGAUCAUGCCUAAAGAUAUCCAGCUUGCGAGGAGGAUCAGAGGCGAGAGGGCUUAAGGAGAAUGAAUGCAAAGACGGGGGACUUAGUUUUAAGAUGUAAUCGUUUCCGUUUUUGUUUUAUGUAUAUCUUUUGUUUUUAAAGGUGUUCGAUGAAUUGUCUCAAUGAAUCAAUUAUCUUAUUUUU